AUGCAACAUUUAAAACAUUCCAUUUCUAGAAUUCGACUUUUCAAUAAGAAUAGUGAACUUAACCUUAGAGAUGAGAUGAGAAAGAAAGAGGAAUCCGAUAAAAAAGUUUGUGACAUUCUUGGUAUUGGCAAAGAGGAGUUGAAAUCUAUUAGAAACACUGAAAAUAUUUCAACUACCUCGCUUUCCACCUCAUCUUCUUCAAUAACCAUUCCAACCAAAAUCAAAAUCAAUACGAUUUCAGCUGAUAAAACAAAUUGUAUCGUUGGAAAUGCAUAG